AUGUUGCUCCACCACGAACCUCCUCCACCGCCGACCCCACCGCUGAUUGCCUCGUCUUUUCUUCCGAUCCGACGCCACCAUCGACGCUGCACUGCCACCGCCUCUCCUACGAAGACGCCAACGCUGCCACCGCUCUUCCUGCGAAGACGCCAACGCUGCCAGACUCCUGGACGUGAGUUUUUGCUUCGGGUUUCCUAUCUUGAGAUCUACAAUGAGGUGAUCAAUGACUUGCUUGACCCCACUGGCCAGAAUUUGCGUGUUAGAGAAGAUGCACAGGGCACUUAUGUUGAAGGUAUAAAGGAGGAAGUUGUUUUGUCUCCAGGUCAUGCACUAUCAUUUAUUGCUGCUGGGGAAGACCAUCGUCAUGUUGGUUCAAAUAAUUUUAAUCUGUUUAGUAGCCGUAGUCACACGAUAUUUUCAUUGAUGAUAGAAAGUAGUGCCCAUAGAGAUGACUACGACGGAGUGAUAUUUUCUCAACUUGUAUGGUUCAUUUAGUUGUGCUAGAUUUGUCAACUUAAAAGUUCAAAGAUAGUUUAGGGUAUUUCCGACCACUUUUGGGUGGUCGGAAAUUUCGCAAUUUCCAGCAGCGAAUAGUAAUGUGAGAUGUAUGUAUUGCUUUUAUUGCUUUUGGUACAAAGUUUGGGAGAAGAUUAUGGCUUGUAUUAAUUAAUAUAGAUAAUUUUUGAUGAACUUGUAUUAUUAAUUA